UGAACCUUCUAUCCGGUUCUAUCGAGCAACCGUUUAUUUACCGGACGGACAAUAAUGGCUGUUGCCCAACAACCUCGUUGUUUUCUGCGCUGUCCAGUCGCCAUUGACGGGUCACCGAUGUUUCAGUCCUCGCUGUGAAGCCGCCAUUACCUCCGUGGGUUUUGUGUGUCCUAGACAGACCAAUGUAACUGUUGGCGCUGUCAGCCAAUCCACAUCGCAGCGAAACACCGGGAAGGUCCUUUGCUGGUUGAUCUUGUUUAUUGUCUUAUUAAAAUCAUGUCUGGCUCAGGAGACUUACCAGCCAUAGAGGGUUCAGGGAUGGGAAUGAAGCUUCCCAUCGGGAUGACCCGACGAGCCCUCAGCUACGACGAUAACCUGGAGGCCCCCAUGUCCACGCCUCCUCAUGACAUCAGCAUCAACAACCUAUGGAGACGACCCGUCAUACCGGAAAGAAAGUUCGCACAGCUGGCUGAGGAGGAUGAGAGUGGUGCAGUGAGUCAGUCCACAGGGCUGGGCUCCGCCUCCUCCAGGUCACCAGCUGUUGUGAAAACUAAGGCUUCCUCCGUCAUCAUGAGUUCUCUUAUCACCAAGCACACUCAUGAUAGUAUGUAUAAGUUUGAGCAGAGGGCGGGGCUUACUGACACCAGCUACACUCCCCACAAAGGCCUCACCGCUGAGGAGACGAGACACCACCACCGCAUUCCCGAUUCCCUCCAGAAACUGCAGAUCCAGAGCAUGGAGGCCCGAGAAGAGCGGCAGAACUCCUCCUCCUCCUGCCAGUCCACUCCAUCCAACACACCACACAGCUCCCCAAAACAACGCAGGACCUGGUUUGGCAGCACAGGUUCAGAGGCCAGCAUUAGCUCCGCCAACAGCAGUGUGGACAUCGGAGACACAGCAGCAGGUGGAGUAGGAGGUGCGGUCGAACGGUGGAGCAUGUUUGGGCCGCGGCCGCUUGUCCAAAAGUCGACAUCUGACCUGGGAUCAGAUUCUACGCAUGCAGAAGGCUUUGCGAUACAGGCAUACCGCGGUGCCCAGAAACCAACCCCCAUGGAGUUAAUGAAGUCGCAGGCCACGAGACUGGCCGACAACCCUGCCGCUCAGACGAUGGCCCCUCCCAGGAUGGAGAUUCCCACGGUGGAGGGUCGACGGCAUGGAGCUCGGCCACACAAGCUCAAACCCAGAGACAUGAACGUCCUGACGCCCUCUGGCUUCUAAGACCGAUCAUGACAUCUGUCAAACCUGCGUGUCACUCAGACACUAAAGGUCCCAUGAAAUAAAAACUUCUCUGUGUUGUUAUCAUGGAUUUCUGCACAGACUGUACAUUCUGGGUCUGCCUUUGUUCCUAAAGCAUAAAUCUGUUUUAUUACAACGUGGGUCUCAUUUUUGUAGUUUUGUACGUCAUUGCCCUUAGAGAUAAUAACACUGUACUCAACAAGGUUAUCACUGACUUCUGUGAUAGUGGCAAUACUGCUGAAAAAGUCAAACGGGAGAAGUUGUAAACUUACAAACUGUCAGUAUUUAGAAGAGAAAACAAAUCACUCAAGCUGUCAGUUGUAAACAUCCAUCACAGUUUGAAGACGUAAACUGUAUGAUUGUCUGACCGCUUGUUCUUUCCCCACCAGACUUUUAUUGUAUCAAUCUCAGUGUUUUUUCAGAUUUUAAAUUACUUAGAUAGCCAAAACCAAAAAAAUAAGACCCAAAUUGUAAUAAACUGGAAUUAUACUUUAAGAUAAUUAUUGCUAGCUGCAUGUGCAUCUGUUUGAAAGUUCCUCCUCAGUAACAGUCAGUUUUGGAGGAGACCAGCUAUUAUUAGCGUCUUGUUUUUUUUUUCCAUGUGAAAGACAUGGAAAACAAUGCAACCUCAGUAAUUUCAUGGGACCUUUAACAGCAGCUCCAACAUUCAGAUAACCACUGUACUGUCCACCAUCUUUGCCAUUGUAACACUUCUGGAUAAGAAAAAAAAAGUAGACCAUUUCUAUCUGCGUUGUUUUGAGGCAUUUACGGUGUUUUUUGGCUGUAAAAUCAAACUCGUGUAUCCUUCACUGUUUUAGCUUUUACAUCUAGCUGCUGAUGUUGGCUCAAGGAAACAAAUUCAGCAUGAAUAAAGCCCUUAAUCCAGAUAAGCUGGAGGGCAACUGGCUGAUCAUUAGAACUUAUCCAGUUGAGGGUGACGAUGAUGGUGAUCCUAUCCCUUGUAAAUGCACUUUAUAUCCCCACUCUUCCCAGAGAUUGACCGUGAGAAAAGUUAAAUCUGUUUCAAUGUUAAUAGUCUUGUUUGUCCCGUCUGUCUCUGAAAAUCUUUCAUGCGUCGUCUUUGAGGGGCAUUUCACUAAGCAGGGUGGGAAGAAUGGGACUAACCCAUUCCUUAAGUGUGGUUUAAUACAAAUCAAACAAAAAGAACAAAACAAAAGUCCGAAAGAAAUUGUAAAAAUGUCUCAGGAAAUUUAGGAAAUUUGUCAGGCUCCUGCUCACUGAAACGUUCCACUUAUUUGUUUGUAGCUUUUUUUGAAAUGUUUAAUGUAUAAAUUAAGAUUUUUUUUAUCUGCUACUGUAGCAACCGAUUUGUUCCUUUUGGGAAAUGAGUGUGUGAGUGUGAAAAUUAGAGCUACAUGUGAGCCUCUUCUCCCCCCUUCUAUGAGUUUUGGUGUGAAACUGUUGAAGAGACAGUUGGUGUGGAUGCUGGCCGCAUCCCGCAGAAACCUUGUGUCACUCCAGUAAAAGCGAAAGAUCUUGUCACGGACAACCUUUUUUUGCAUUUGGCAUUUAAAGAUGACGGUGCAAAAAAAAUGCUGUGUUCCCCUGACAAAUCACGUCGCCUUACAAUAGCUAUGUUAAAAGAAAUGAAGCGUCGUUGUUGUUAUUAUUAUAAUUAUUGCAAUUUUAUUAUUAAGUGUAAAUGCUCUGUUCACUGUUAAUAGGGAGUUUUAUGUUUCAUGGGGUGAGCAUUUCAAAUACAAGUUAUUUGCCACCUGUAAGUCAGCCAGUGUCCUUUUCACCCCAGAAUGAUCCUAAAGCUGGACACAGAAAAACACACACUCUUAAAUAUUAAACAAAUAUGACUGUUUCUGCUCCGUCAGAAUUUGUUUCAUAGUUUGUGAUCACAAGUGCUCUGUGUUGAACCUGUAAUGCUGUUCCCUUUAAGUCUCUCCCUGACUGAAAUAUCACAUCUGAACCUAUGUAUGGUAUUGUGACUCUAUAGUACUGACUGAAUUACAGUGCGUUUCUGUUUAUCUCUCUUUUUUUUUUCCAGUUUAUGGUUAACAGAUGUUUACCUUAAAUAAUAGGGUCUGUACAUUUUAUUUUUCUUUGCCAAAACAGUUAGGAAUUUGAGAAUAAAUGUUACAUUCUCAUCAGAAAAACAAGAGCGAGUGCUUCACUAUAUUUGAUAGUGUUUUCACUUCAAGUUUAACUGUUUAUUGCCAUACAAAUGUUCUCUGUGGAUCUGUAGUAAUUUAUUUUAGCCUCAAGAGGGCCUCAGUUCACCAUCCAGUAACCACAUCUUAUGUUUAUACAUUACAGCAGGCAGAAACAGAAAGAAACAGCAAAAUCUGGUUAAUCUCAUACAAAUAAACAAAACUGUUCCCACAAUGAA